AUGUCUCUUCCUCGUUGUAGCGCUAGUUUAGCCAAACGCUUCCCUCAAAGACCCUUGAAGGUUGUUUACCCUGGUGCCUCGCUGGUGGCAAGGGGGUUCGGCACAACUGCAGCUGCUGCAUCCCGGCCAAGGGACUGUAAUGUGGGCGGCAAACGUUUCCAAGAUUUCGAUCUUGCUGGCGGCGUCUACGUAGUGACCGGCGGGGCCAGAGGCCUAGGGCUUUGCAUGGCCGAGGCAUUAGUGGAAGCUGGGGGCAAAGUCUACUGCCUUGACCGACUCGAAAAGCCCGACGACCACUUUGAGGAAGCAAAGAGCCGCGUGCUUCCCGAGUUCGGUGGCUCCCUCAACUACCGUCGCGUCGAUGUGUGUAGCACAGAUGAUUUAAAUCAGGUCAUUAGUGCGAUCGCAGACGAACACAAGCGGAUGGAUGGCCUCAUCGCCGCAGCAGCCGUGCAGCAAAUCAAGCCCAGUCUCGAAUACACUGUGGAGGAGGCCCGUCAGAUGCUCGACAUCAACUACACCGGUGUCUUUAUGACCUGCUCGGCCGUUGCGCGGCAGAUGUUUAAGUACAAAUGCCGCGGUUCGAUAUGCAUUAUUGCGAGCAUGAGCGGCCUUAUUGCGAACAAGGGCCUUAUCAGCCCCGUGUAUAACUCGAGCAAGGCGGCGGUGAUACAGUUGUCCCGAAACCUGGCAAUGGAAUGGACAAGGAUACGAGAAGACGGGACAGGUGGUAUUCGCGUCAACUGCCUGAGUCCUGGGCAUAUUGUUACACCCAUGGUAGAGAAGAACUUUGAGGAAGUCCCGGGGUUGCAAGAAAUAUGGGAGAACGCGAACAUGAUGGGUCGCCUCAGCAAACCGGAAGAGUUUAAGGGCGCUGGACUCUUCCUAUUGAGCCGGGCCAGCAGCUUCAUGACUGGAUCGAACCUUGUGAUAGACGGAGGGCAUACUGCAUGGUAG